UUUUUCAUUCAAUACUGAUAUUGGUAUGCGAACCUGUCGAGUUUAAUAGGACCCGCUGGAAAUAGGCUCAUAAUCAGCUCUCACGCAGUCUUCCGACAAGUUUGGAAGCUUGACCGAGAGAUAAGCAGUCCAUCAUGGUAUCUAUCUCUUCACAUAUAUCAGGCUUGCAAUUAACAACCAUUGCCGUAUGCCUACUGUGUGUCAUCAUCAUUACGUUACUAUGGUGCGUGUGGAUAAAACGACACCGGAAACCAAGACGAAGGCAGAGUAAAAUCGAUAUGGAGUAUGCUGUCAAGUUUACUUAUCCGCGAAGACUGACUCACUCUAAAACGGGUAACGGGGAUGCAAUCACAGUGACUGACAAAACUGCGGGGAUUGUAUGUAUCACCCAGAGCACUCCGAAGGUUGAACCACGGUCUGACAGCCUGAGACCAGCCCACUCUCAUCCUCCAAUGGAUGCAGCCGGUUCUCAGGAAACACAGGUCCUCGACUUCAAGCAUAGGGAGGAGGAGCCAUCACCGGGUUGUCAGGGAGAUGAGCAGAGAAAGGAGGAUGUUGCUGAGGUCGACGAGAUGAAGAGGGAGGAUGAAUCAAAAGGCUUCAAUCAUCAAGAAGACAUGGAGUCCUGUGGACAUACAGAAGAAGCUACCAUCGGUCCUGUAUCAGUCGAGGAGUUCGCAGACCAUGUCAAGAUAAUGAAAGAUGACAGUACAACUUUCGACGAUGAAUGGGCCCGACUAUACGACCACAGAUACAAGUUACAGACCUUUGCAAUGAUGGAAGCAAACUUCAAGAAGAACCGCUACAAAAACAUUCUUCCUUAUGACCACGCUCGAGUGAUUCUAGACCUGAUCGGUGAUGACCCUCACAGUGAUUACGUCAAUGCUAGUUACAUCCAGAGUUUCUCAAAGGAAAAUACCUACAUCGCAUCACAGGGACCUAAUGUGACGUCAAUAGCUGAUUUUUGGAGGAUGGUUUGGCAGAAAGAGGUGGAAACUAUUAUCAUGGCAACCAAUCUGGUAGACAAGGGCAAGAUCAAAUGUGAGAAAUACUGGCCUGAUCAGGGUGAGGAGAUGUAUUUUGAGGACAUAGUAGUGACGUGUGAAGCUGAGGUUCAUGGCAUACAUGACGCCAGACGAUCGCUUGUUCUUCACAAGGACGAGGAGGUUCGUUGCUUGGAUCACUUUCAUUUCACUCGGUGGCCAGAUAAAGGAGUGCCUAGGAACGUAUCCGUACUACUCAGAUUCAUCCAAGAGGUCAAUCAGUCACGUGAUGAUAAAUCUACACCUCUAUUGGUUCAUUGCAGUGCUGGCGUGGGUCGUACAGGAGUGGUGAUCGCAUUGGAUAAUGAGAUGCAAAGAGCCAAACAAACUGGAUUUGUUGAUAUCUUCAACUUCGUUCGAGCGAUGAGACAACGCAGACCGCAAAUGGUUCAAACACCUGAACAGUAUGAAUUCAUCCAUGACGCCAUGUUGGAAUUUCUUGUCGGCCAUGACACUAUGAUACCACGUGAUCGAUUCAUCGAACAUUUCGCUGACUUGCGGACCAAAUCAGAUCAAGAUGUCACCUUGACUAAACUAGACCAAGAAUUUGAGAUCAUGAACAAAGUUUGUCAUGAGCCACCGAUGGACGCCACCAACGUUGGAAAACUGGAAGAAAACGCAUCAAAGAAUCGCUACCAAAACGUCUUGCCUCGAGAUACACAUCGGCCUCUGUUAAUAUCCUUCAGUACUGAUACAUCCACCCAGUAUAUCAACGCAACAUUCUGUCAGGGCUACAAAGAUCGUGAAAAGAUAAUCACAACACAGAUGCCUCUAUCACAGACUGUUACUGACUUUCUUCGACUGAUAUACGACUACCGUAUCAGUACCAUCGUCAUGCUCAACGAUCUCUCCAAAGAAGAUGCUUCUUCUAUUUACUGGGAUGAGGCCAAUCCAAACAUCAAGCAACCUUUCUCCAUGAAUGUACUGGACACAGUGGAAUCUGAGCAUUGGACAGAACGUACAUUGGAACUCAAACACAGAAAGAACACAAGAAUCAUCCAACAUUUCCAGUUCUUAUCAUGGAAGGAAGUGGACUCAGUAGACUUCUACCAAACAUUACUUGACUUCAUGAACAAUGUAACGAGCCAGCAAGGGGGCGAUAGCCCAGUCCUUGUACACUGUCUGAAUGGCGUUGGACGGACAGGAGUGUUCUGUGUAGUCAAGAUGUGUCUAGAUCAACUGGAGGUUGAAGACGCAGUCGAUGUUUUUCAGAUCGUGAAGGCUCUGAGACAUGACAACUUCCAGAUGAUACAGAGUUUGGAGGAUUAUAAGUUGUGCUACCGCAUUUUGAAUCAUCUGAUGGCGAUGUCACAAGAGAACACUCUACAAUCCGGUCAGGAGUUUGACAUGGAAAAGGAUGACGGUCUAUCGGAGAGUGUAUCGACAAGAACGGGUGAUGAAGACUGUGAAGAUGUUGAAAUUGAUCCCAUUGAGUACUACGCUCAUAACGACGAUGAUAUACAGGAUGAAGACGCGGAUGAAAAGGAAGGAUUACAUGACCUCGAGAAAUCUCUAACAAGAGAUCUUCACCUUUCCGAGUUCGAUGAGGUGACCAUUACUAAGCUCUAGUAGUCUUAUCACAACAGUUCCGAUUCCUUAUUGUCAAAGGGAAAUGAUUUUAUGUGUUAAUUUUGUGUAUGUUUGUUCAUGGAGCUACUACUAAAUAGUUCCAUGGUUUGUUUAACGUUCGAUCGCGUCUCUUGACCAACCUUUAAGACCUUAUUGUCAGACGAACCCUGCUUCGAACCCAGACCAUUUAGUAGGCAGAUUGGAGAGCAGAUUCCUAAACGCUUCUAGAAUAAUUUUUAAAAACAUCCUAUCAAGGUUCUAGGCCUAUGAUUGGUCAACAACUGCAGACAAGAAUUCAACACUGAUCGCUGGGCAAUAUAGCAAAACAUAUUGAGCGGGCAUAGUUCUAUUUACGCGUACAUUCCAAUGACGCAAUAUAUGCACUUGAAAUUAGUAUUAAAUACGCUUAGUAUUUCUUUCAGAUUGGUAAUAAAAUUGCCCUAUAUUAAUAGGUGCAUUUACACUGUAACCAAAAAUCGUCGAUAUUUUCUUACAUUCUGGUGUUUCGCCGGUAGCUGUAUGCAACUAGACGAAAAAUCGAAAUCGAAAAAUCCACCUAUGUAGUGUGGACUUUUGAAACGCUUGCCGAAGUUUCACGGAUUUUUGCAGUGUAAAUGCAAACUUCGGUAAGAUACCGAUUUUUGCUCACGUGACUCUUCUCGCUUCUGUGCUAACGUACAUACGCAAGCAGGACACCGACGAAUAGUGCAUACGCACUACUCACACCGAAUUCGGUAUGAGCAAACUUCGACGGUUUUUAAUGGGUUUUUCGAAAAGGUGAUUGGGGUGUGUAAAUGUGCCUACUGAAUACAUUUUGAACGGGGUAUUUUGUCAAAACUGUGCACCUCAAAGCAGCCACUCUUUCACUGCUUUGAGAGGCGUGUAGCGGAUGGGGAUAUAUCGGGGACGCGUGAUCGACUUUCAAAGAAGAUUAAUAUGUAGAGUGGAUAAUUAACAUGAGGCUAUUAAUAUGGAUAUUUAACACUAUGUAAUUCAUGCUAUGAAGUGAUAUAUCUCAAAAUGUCUUGAAGAUUGUAUUUCAGUUUGUAGGCAUGUUAUUUGUACUCUGUAAUACAGGCAACAAACUGUCUUACAAU